GUUCGUUUCCCUUUGGCAUCCAGCUGUAGAAAACACAGAGAAAGAGAGAGAGAGAGAGAGAGAGAGAGAGAGAGAGAAGCCAGAAUCCUUCGCUCUCAGUUUUCCUCCUCAUUUAAGGAACUGGCAGCAGUGAAGGAGAGGAAAGACGGAGCUGCAGAGCCGCGUUCAUUCACUCAUCAUCAGAACACUGUUUUCCUCCAGCACAGACACUGCUGAACACUGAGGUGAUGGCUGAGGUGGAGCUGCUCUCCACACCCUGUAACAUCCAGAUCAGCGACGUGACCUGCGACUCUUUCCGGAUCACCUGGGAAAUGAACCAGGAGGAUUCGGUUCGCGUCACACACUACUUCAUCGAUCUGAGCCGGAAAGAGGGCAGUGAACAAAACCGCUUCAAGCACAGGGAUGUCCCCACUAAACUAGUGGCAAAGGCAGGACCGUUGCCGAUGGCUGUGAGAGGCCACUGGUUCCUGAGUCCUCGAACUGAGUACUGUGUGGCAGUGCAGAUCGCCAUCAGACAGCCUGACGGAGACUAUCAAGUGUCUGAAUGGAGCCCGGUGGUGGAGUUCUGCACCGGGGAUUAUGCGAUGGAGCAUCUCCAGCAGCUCUUGGAUAAAGCUCAGGCCGCCGCAGGGAGGCUGCUCAGGUUCUCCGUCUUCUACCGCAAUCAGACACCGGAAUACUUCCACUAUGUGAGAUCAAAGUGUGGCGGUGCGAUGCUCCCAUCCUUUAAAGACACCAGCGGCAGUCACGGCUCCCCAAUCAACGGAAAGCUCCGCGGCGUCUUCCUCAGCUGCAACACCGAAUUCGACACCGGCCUUCCUCCCAGAGACUCUCCAUACGGCCCUCUGCGCUUCCAGAUCCCAGCCGAACGCCUCCUGAACCCCAGCACACACCUCUACUUCGCCGACUUCUACUGCAUGUACACGGCCUACCAUUACGUGGUGCUGGUGCUGGCCCCUGCUGGAUCGGAGGGGGAUCAUUUUUGCAAAAGCCGCCUUCCACGACUAGACCUGGCGACCAAUAAAUUCCUGACCUACACAGAUGGAGAUGCUUCACUAUUCAGCCAUGCAAGUGAUGUGAUUUUGGAGGUGCUGUUCACCGAGCCUUUGCCUCUGGAGGAGGGAAGCCUGGCUCAGAUUAGUGGCCGACACCAGCUCAUGAGUCUCUCCACUGCUAACGCUAAGAAAGACCCCAGCUGUAAGGUGUGUAAUAUUAGUGUGGGCCGCUGAGCUGAUGUUGAAAGUACUUCAUCUGGAGAAACAAUCAUCGAAAUUCACUAGUCCUGCUACUGGAAGUGAAUUCACAUUCAUAUCAGAAGCUCAACUAUGGUAUUAACCCUUGUGUGCUGCUGUUGGGGAUGUUUUCAUCCACUCUGAGGGGAUUUUGAGGCUUAAUUUAGCCACAACCUUCUCUGUGUUUCAGCAAAUGGGAGUAUUUUUGCUGACAAAUAUUAUUUUGACACACAUUUUGGGAAAAUGCUUUGAAAGUUUUCAUAAAACUCAACAAUACACUCUGGGCAAAUUGACUACCCUUUCGUUAUGUUAGGGGCUGUUUUAGCCCCAUUGACCUCUAUUAUAAUGACAUUUAUUGAUCGCAAAGCCAUGACAGCAUAUAAUCAUGCAUUCUUCGUUGUUGCUGGUUUUCUCAGUUGGGAAGAGGGACAAUGUGUCAUGUUUACAGUUGAUAACAAUUUACUCCAGUUCGUGUCCAAGAACAGUGCAUCCAGAAAGUAUUCACAGCGCUUCACUUUUUCCACAUUUUUAGAGCCUUAUUCCAAAAUGAAUUAAACUCAUUUAUUUCCUCAACAUUCUACACACAAUAUCCCAUAAUGACAAUGAUAAUAGUUGCACAUUUAUUAAAAAUAAAAGACCUGAAGAAUCACAUGUACAUCAGUAUUCACAGACUUUGCUCAAUACUUUGUUGAUGCACCUUUGGCAGCGAUUACAGCCUCAAGUCUUUCUCAAUAUGAUGCCACAAGCUUGGCACACCUGUCUUUGGGAAUUUUUGCCCGUUCCUCUUUGCAGUACUCUCAAGCUCUAUCAGCGAUGGUGUACAGCCAUUUUCAGAUCUCUCCAGAGAUGUUCAAUAGGAUUUGGGUCUGGGCUCUGGCUGGGCCAUUGGGUCAUUGUCCUGCUGGAAGAUGAACUGUGGCCCCAGUCUGAGGUCAAGAGCUCUCUGAAGCAGGUCUUCAUUCAGGAUGUCUCUGUACAUCGCUGCAUUCAUCUUUCCCUCUAUCCUGACUAGUCUUCCAGUUCCUGCUGCUGAAAAACAUCCCCACAUCAUGAUGCUGCCACCACCAUGCUUCCCUGUAGGGAUGCUAUUAGCCUGGUGAUGAGCGCUGCCUGGAUUUCUCCAAACGUAACGCCUGGCAUUCACUACAAAGAGUUCAAUUUGAGUCUCAUCAGACCAGAACAUUUGGUUUCUUAUGGUCUGAGAGUCCUUCAGACGCCUUUUGGCAAACUCCAGGCGGGGAGUGGCUUCCAUCUGGCCACUCUACCAUACAGGCCGGAUUGGUGGAUCGCUGCACAGAUGGUUGUCCUUCUGUAAGGUUCUCCUCUCUCCACAGAAGAACGCUGGAGCUCAGACAAAGUGACCAUCGAGCUAUUGAUCACCUCCCUGACUAAGGCCCUUCUCCCCCGAUCACUCAGCUUAGAUGGCCGGCCAGCUCUAGGAAGAGUCCUGGUGGUUCCAAACAUUUUCCACUUACGGAUGAUGGAGGCUGCUGUGCUCAUUGGAACUUUCAGAGCAGCAGAAAUGUUCUGUAACCUUCCCCAGCCUUGUGCCCCGAGACAAUCCUGUCUCGGAGGUCUACAGACAAUUCCUUUGUCUUCAUGCUUAGUUUGUGCUUUGACAUGCAUUUUCAACCCUGGGUCCUUAUAUAGACAGGUGUAUGCCUUUUCAAAUUAUGUCCAAUCAACUGAAUUGACCACAGGUGAACUCCAAUGAAGCUGCUGAAACAUCUCAAGAAUGAUCAGUGGAAACAGACUGUACCUGAGCUCAAUUUAGAGCUUCACGCCAAACGCUGUUAAUACUGAUGUACAUGUGAUUCUUCAGCUUUUUUAUUUUUAAUAAAUUUGCAACAAUUUCAAAAACUCUUCUUUCGCAUAGUCAUUAUGGGGGAUUGUGUGUAGAAUGCUGAGGAAAUACAUUCAUUUUGGAAUAAGGCUGUAACAUAAACAAAUGUGGAAAAAGGGAAGCACAAUCAAUACUUUCCGCAUGCACUGUAGGUGUACUUUAUUUCUCUAAUAAUUCAACAGCCCUUCGUUGAUUAACCCAUAUAUUGUGCACUAAAAUACCAUUUGAAUGAAACACCUUAAAGUCCAUUUUGCAGGCCAAUCCUAAUCAAAUCGAAUAUGUGAAGAAAACUCAGAAUGAGCAACUGAAACUGAGAUCGUCUGUCCUAAAGGGUCAGUUCAGCCGAUAAUACUUCAUUGUUAUUUACGCCAUAAGAGUGAAGCCAUAUAUAACUGCAUCUCUACAUGUUCAUAAUCGUAUGUAAAUCAUAUUUAAUAAUAUCAUUACUAAAUGAUAGAAGCGAUUCUGUUUAUUUUUGUAUUUUGUUGUUUAUCAGAGUCUAAUAGAUGGUUGUUUUUUGUGUCUAUAUGUGUUGUAUCUAUGUAUGGGUCAAAGACAAGAUUUACUCAUUCAUUUUCUUUUCGGCUUAGUCCCUUUAUUAAUCUGGGGUCGCCACAGCGGAAUGAACCGCCAACUUAUCCAGUAUAUGUUUUACGCAGCGGAUGCCCUUCCAGCUGCAACCCAUCACUGGGAAACAUCCAUACACUCUCAUUCACACUCAUACACUAUGGACAAUUAAGCCUACCCAAUUCCCCUAUAGCGCAUGUGUUUGGACUGUGGGGGAAACCGGAGCACCCGGAACAAACCCACGCCACCACGUGGAGAACAUGCAAACUCCACAGAGAAAUGCCAACUGACCCAGCCGGGGCUCAAACCAGUGACCUUCUUGCUGUGAGGCGAUUGCAAUUUUUAUGCAAACAUUUGUCUUUGACCCGUUUAUAUUAUACUUUAACGAACAAAAAUAAAACACUUCAGACAUUU